AUGGGCGGCAUAGGCAAAACCACCCUUGCCAAGAAGGUCUAUAAUCAUGAAAAAAUUGUGGAACACUUUCCAGAUUGUCGUGCCUGGAUUUAUGUAUCCCAAGAUUGUAGACCCAGAGAGGUUUAUAUGCAAAUUAUUAACCAGGUUUCUGCACCAACUAAAGAGCAAGCAGAAAUGAUAGAGAAAUAUGGAGAGAACGAGUUGGGGGAUUUCCUUCAUGAUCAUUUGAAGGAGAAAAGAUAUUUGAUAGUUCUGAAUGAUGUAUGGAGCUGUGCCGAUUGGGAUUUUCUUGCAAAAGUGAGAACCAACGAUCCUGAUUGCCUUGGAAAUCUUUUUCCCAAUGGGAGUAAAGGUAGCAGAUUUCUUCUUACAACUCGAUAUAAGGAUGUUGCUUUGCAUGCAGAUGCUCGACCUAUUCCCCAUGAAAUGCGGCUUCUUUCGAAACAACAGAGCUGGGACUUGUUUUUUCGGAAGGUGUUCCUUGAUGCUGAUAGAGAGAGGUAUCCUCCAGAUUUGAAGGAACUUGGGGAAGAGAUGGUGGACAAAUGUAAAGGUUUGCCAUUGGCCAUCGUUGUAUUGGGGGGUUUGCUGUUAAGAAAUAUGUCACAUACAGAAUGGAAGAAGGUGCACGAUAACAUUAGUGCAUACCUUGCUAAAGAAGGCCAAAUGGGAGUAAUGACAAUGCUAAACCUGAGCUACACCGACUUGCCCCAUUACUUGAAACUGUGCUUUCUUCAUUUAAGCCUCUUCCCAGGAGAUUAUGUGAUCUCCUCAAGAAAACUGCUCCUUUUAUGGACUGCUGAGGGUUUUGUGCCCGAACAAGAUGACCAAAGAAUGAAAUACGUGGCUGAGGUUUACUUGAAUGAGUUAAUCAAUAGAAACUUGAUUCUAGUAGUGAGAACGAGUGUUAACGCAAGGGUUAUGGAAUGUCGGGUUCAUGACCUUGUACGAGAGUUGGCUAUUGACAAGGCAAAAGAACAAAACUUCAUUGGAACUAAUAUUGCAGAUCCUCCACCCUCCUCCACCAGUUCAUCUCUCUUUUCAUCUAAAUCCCGUCGACGAAAUAAUUUGAGCAUGCCAAACAUGUUCGAUAACUUGAAGAUUAUGCUGCAGCAGAUUUGCCAGGGCCUUCUACCUCAUGCUUGA